CGGCCCCGGCGGUGGCGCAGGGCUAUGGACCCGGCCGAGGCCGUGCUGCAGGAGAAGGCCCUCAAGUUCAUGUGCUCUAUGCCCAGAUCUCUGUGGCUGGGCUGCUCCAGCCUGGCGGACAGCAUGCCCUCGCUGCGAUGCCUGUAUAACCCAGGGACUGGCGCACUCCCAGCUUUCCAGAAUUCCUCUGAGAGAGAAGACUGUAAUAAUGAUGAGCCCCCUAGGAAGAUCAUUCCCGAGAAGAAUUCACUUAGACAGACCUACAACAGCUGUGCCAGACUGUGCUUAAACCAGGAAACAGUAUGUCUAGGAAGCACUGCUAUGAAGACUGAAAAUUGUGUGGCCAAAACAAAACUUGCCAAUGGCACUUCCAGUAUGAUUGUGCCCAAGCAAAGAAAACUGUCUGCAAGCUAUGAGAAGGAGAAGGAACUCUGCGUCAAGUAUUUUGAACAGUGGUCCGAGUCUGACCAGGUGGAGUUCGUGGAGCACCUCAUCUCCCAGAUGUGUCACUACCAGCACGGACAUAUAAACUCAUACCUCAAACCCAUGUUACAGCGGGACUUCAUCACUGCACUGCCAGCUCGGGGAUUAGAUCACAUUGCUGAGAACAUUCUGUCAUACCUGGAUGCCAAAUCGUUGUGUGCUGCUGAGCUGGUGUGCAAGGAGUGGUACCGGGUGACGUCGGACGGCAUGCUGUGGAAGAAGCUCAUCGAGAGAAUGGUCAGGACAGACUCCCUGUGGAGGGGGUUGUCAGAGAGGAGAGGAUGGGGACAAUAUCUAUUUAAAAAUAAACCUCCUGAUGGGACUGCACCACCCAACUCCUUCUACAGAGCACUUUACCCCAAAAUUAUACAGGACAUAGAGACAAUAGAGUCAAACUGGCGGUGUGGAAGGCACAGUUUACAGAGGAUCCACUGCCGAAGCGAGACAAGCAAAGGGGUUUAUUGUUUACAGUAUGAUGAUCAGAAGAUAGUAAGUGGCCUACGAGACAAUACUAUUAAGAUCUGGGAUAAGAAUACAUUGGAAUGCAAGCGAAUUCUCACCGGACACACGGGUUCUGUCCUGUGCCUCCAGUACGAUGAACGGGUGAUCAUUACUGGAUCUUCGGACUCAACAGUCAGGGUGUGGGACGUGAAUGCAGGCGAGAUGCUGAAUACUCUGAUUCACCACUGCGAAGCAGUACUGCACCUCCGCUUCAAUAACGGCAUGAUGGUGACCUGUUCCAAAGACCGCUCCAUUGCUGUGUGGGACAUGGCUUCACCAACAGACAUCACCCUGAGGAGGGUGCUAGUAGGGCACCGAGCUGCCGUCAACGUAGUGGACUUUGAUGACAAGUACAUUGUAUCAGCAUCAGGUGACAGAACUAUAAAGGUAUGGAACACUAGUACCUGCGAAUUUGUGCGCACCUUAAAUGGCCACAAACGAGGCAUUGCAUGUCUGCAGUACAGAGACAGGCUAGUAGUGAGCGGCUCUUCAGAUAAUACUAUCAGGCUGUGGGAUAUCGAGUGUGGGGCAUGUUUACGAGUACUGGAAGGCCAUGAAGAGUUGGUGAGAUGCAUACGCUUUGAUAACAAGAGGAUAGUCAGCGGGGCAUAUGAUGGGAAAAUUAAAGUAUGGGAUCUUGUGGCUGCUUUGGACCCUCGUGCUCCAGCAGGGACCCUCUGCUUGCGAACUCUUGUGGAGCAUUCUGGAAGAGUCUUUCGACUUCAGUUUGACGAGUUCCAGAUCGUCAGCAGCUCACAUGAUGACACCAUCCUCAUCUGGGAUUUUCUGAAUGACCCAACUGCCCAAGCAGAAUCCACUCGUUCCCCGUCCAGAACAUACACCUACAUCUCAAGAUAAAUAACACUACACCGUACCUCACACUCGCACAGGACUCAUUUAAGCUGCAGUAUUUAAAUUAUCUGCCAAUGCCAGGACAAAAGAACUAUCCACGUAACCAAUACUUGCUGAAGAGAGAGGCUCUCAGACUUGUUUCUGGAACAAAGUUGGCAUGCGGUUGAUCUCAGACAGGGUCUACUCAGCGCGGCUGACUGCUAAAGUGCUGCUAUAUCAGAAGAUGACUUUUAUCUUUCAUGAACAGUUAACAUUUUUAAACCUUCCCA